UUGAGGAUCUUACUAGAAACAGCAGGGAUACUUUCACAGGCUCUACAGGCAUUAGGGGCAUUCUGGUCUUCAGAUAGGGGCUCAGCUUGUUCGAUCAUUAUUUUUGGUUUGGUUUGACGUUGAUGAAGGACUGGCAUGGCUCUAUUCAGCCUCUUCAUUUUGACUACGCUCAUACAAGGCCACAUGACACUUUCUAUAGCCGACUGUGGAUCUCAAUACAGACGCCCAGAGUACACCGACAUCGCAGUGUCUUGCGGGACCGAGUCUAUUAAUUUGGCCAUCCAGGUUUGCCCAGUCAUUUACACAGGAUAUAAUGAGACCUUGUUGAUUUUGAACCAAAUGAUAAGUGACCCGCUGUGUCGAGGAACCCUGGAUGCGACUGUCAGUCCUCCAGUGGUGCGCUACAGUUUCCCCGUCAGGCAAGCGGACGCUUGUGGCAGCGUCUUCCUGACCACCAGCGCCCGAGGCACCGGUGCAUUCUCGGACUUCUCUAAUAUCCAGACGGUUAACAUCAGCGGGGUGGUCCGAUCUAUCGACCCCACAUUGGGAACCGUGACUUACAAUGCUGAGCUGAAAUAUUUUUAUUCGUGUGCAUAUCCACUCGAAUACCUGAUCAACAAUACACAAGUUGAUGUGUCGUCGUCCUCCAUUGCAGUAAAGGAUAACAACGGUAGCUUCAUUAGCACUUUAAGCAUGCGGCUCUUCAGAGAUGUGAAUUACACUUCUCCGCUGGUUAUGUCAUCUCUGGGUAUUGAGCUCAGAACUAGAAUCUAUGUGCAAGUUAUUGCAGCGAACCUGACCUCACAGUAUCACGUUCUGCUAGAUCGAUGCUAUGCCUCCAUCUCAGCCCUGCCCUCCAAUUCAACCUUUUUCAAUCUCUUUGUCCCGUGCUCGAGGGAUCAGCUGACCACCAUGCUGGAGAACGGUGACAGCCAGAAAGCUCGCUUCAGCUUCCCGGCCUUCCGUUUUAUUGAGCAGCAGAACCAGACCAUCUCCACCUACUACCUCCACUGCAUCACCAGACUGUGUGAACGCGCCACCUGCACCCAGUUCAAGCAAUGCAGGAGGAGACGAGACACACAAACCACGACAAUAAAAGAUGGAGUUUCAGAUACCACCCUCAUCACCUCAGGACCUAUUAAGACUCUAGCAGAAACCCCUCUUACCUCGAAUGAAGCCCUGGCCAGUACUCAGAAGGACAGUCGAAAUGGCGCCUCGGUAGGACUGGGUGUCGCUCUGGCUGUUUUGGUCAUUGUAGGCACUGUUGCGGCCCUCAUUGCUGUGUCAUUUUAUCGCAAACUCAGGAGGCUACGCUAACUGCCAAGAGUCCCAGAGCUCUUUUAUGUAGUAUAAAACAGUGCUGGUGGAGGUGGGAACACAUGCUAUUGCCUUGCCAUGUCUGACUUUCAGCGUCAAACGAUUUUCAGAGAACAAGAUUGAAAGGUUAAAACUGCUUUAUUUAAGAUAAAAGUAGCAGUUGAGUACUAUGCUGUAGUUCUGGAUUAAAGAAAAUAUAUUGGGUUGAUAGAGAAUAUUUUACUGAAUGAAUUAUUUUAUUUACAUUUAAAUAUAUACUGAUGUACUUCAUAUUAUAUAUAGUGUGUCAACAGAGCUACUUUUUAAUAAAACACAUGUAGUCUGAAGGGUUUUAGGUAAGAAAGAGGAUUUGAAAUGAAACAAAGGCAUUUUUAAAGUGGCGAGUGACCUGUUCUAAGUUUUCUUACAGUAGUGAUACUAUUACUCAGGGUUUUAGGAUUGACUGCUUUAAAAACAAUAAGAGGAAAUAUGCUUCGUAAAGUUAUUGUAAGUGCUGCAUGAAGAGCCCUGCUUUGAUUUAGUAAACUUGUAUCUAUUAAUAUGGAGGGAAAGUGCAAUUUUGCAAUGGGGAUUGUAGGCAUGCUUUUGGAUGCUUCAGCAAAUGUAACAUUCAAGAAUAAAAUCUGGCAAUUGAACCUGUGGAACCUGUUUGCUUGUAGGAUUGUGAGGUGUCUUGUUAUGCUAACGCUGAACACCACUAGGGGGAGCCUCAUCUCUUUAUGGGAAAACGAACAACACAUUGGUUUGAAAUUUUAGAAAGAGACAAAAAUCUUGGCUAAACAAUUAAUACGGACUAAAAACACAAUUUUUUGUGGCAUGCAAGUGUUUUUAAUUUUAAUACUUCUUGUUUUAAUUAUUUUACUACCCUAUUAACCAAAAACGCCGUUUACAUAGGAAUUUCUUUGUAUUUCU